UGCAAAAGCAUUGUCUGGCUUAUAAGGGCUUGACAGUUAAUGAUUUGUCGCACAAGCCGGGCGGAGGAGCACCAGGACGCGAGCGAGCGCCGCCUCCUGUCUUCCGGGCCUGGGCACUUCUCGGGGUUCCGGGCAAGCGAAGCUUGGAGGGACCCCAUGGAGGCCGAGUCGCCGGCGAGAGCGGGGGUCACCGAGCCCCAAGCGCAGGGCGCAGUAGGCACUAUCGGCAGCCUACUGAGCAGGAUCCGAGCCAAACUCUUCACCUGGGCUAUUUUGAAGACCAUCGCUCUGGGCCAGAUGCUGUCCUUGUGCAUAUGUGGUACGGCCAUCACCAGCCAGUACUUGGCAGAAAAGUACCAAGUGAACACGCCCAUGCUCCAGAGUUUCAUUAACUACUGCUUGCUCUUCCUGGUUUACACAGUGAUGCUGGCAUUUCAGUCUGGCAGCAAUAACCUUCUAGAGAUCUUGAGAAGAAAGUGGUGGAAGUACACCCUCUUGGGGCUUGCUGAUGUGGAAGCCAAUUAUCUGAUUGUCAGAGCGUACCAGUACACGACUCUGACCAGUGUCCAGCUCUUGGACUGCUUUGGGAUUCCUGUGUUGAUGGCUCUCUCCUGGUUCAUCCUCCGGGCAAGAUACAAAGUGAUCCACUUCAUCGCCGUGUUUGUCUGUCUGCUGGGUGUAGGGACCAUGGUUGGUGCAGACAUAUUAGCGGGGAGAGAAGACAGUUCAGGGAGUGAUGUUCUGAUUGGUGACAUCUUGGUCCUUCUUGGGGCUUCCCUGUAUGCCGUGUCCAAUGUAUGUGAAGAAUACAUUGUGAAGAAGCUGAGCAGGCGGGAGUUUUUAGGAAUGGUGGGCCUAUUUGGAACGAUUAUCAGUGGCAUACAGCUAUUGAUUGUGGAGUAUAAGGGCAUUGCCAGGAUCCAGUGGGACUGGAAAAUCGCCUUGCUGUUUGUGGCAUUUGCCCUCUGUAUGUUUUGCCUGUACAGCUUCAUGCCAUUGGUGAUUAAAGUCACCAGUGCCACCUCAGUCAACUUGGGCAUCCUGACAGCUGACCUCUACAGCUUUUUCUUUGGACUUUUCCUAUUCGAGUAUAAGUUUUCAGGGCUCUACAUCCUGUCCUUUACCAUCAUCAUGGUCGGCUUCAUCUUGUACUGCUCCACGCCGACACGCACGGCGGAGCCAGCGGAAAGCAGCGUGCCCCCUGUCACCAGCAUCGGGAUAGACAACCUGGCACUGAAACUGGAGGAGAGCAGUGUCUCAGAGACCCACUCUGCAGGCUUGUAGCUGGCCAAGCCACAGACUCCGGGGUGUCACCAGGAGAGAGAGGAGCCCGCCACUGCCACGGGUGUAUCUGGGGAGACAUCAGCCUCACAGUGAACACCCACGGCACUGGAUUACAUCCGUGCUUAGAUUUUAGAAGGGAACACUGGCCAAUGGUUCCAAACUAGAAAUACUAAAAUAGAGCAGAGCCCAAGGGUAGUGUUUCUGUCGGUUUAGUGCCAGUCCCUGUCAGUGUCAGAGAGACGCAUGCAAGGCCCCUUUCUGGGGUUUUAGUGACACAGGUAGGAAGGGAAGGGCCUGGCCUUAGGACUGUUUAGGUAGUUAGGAGUUGGGACAGUCUGGGAUGGUUGUGCAAUAAGAUUCCUCUUUUGGAAGCUUCAGGGUUUUGUACUGCUGGGGCAGUCACCAUCCACGGGCCUUAUGGAAUUUAGACACCCAGGACACAUGGUCCCUGAUGGCAUGUGAUAGUAAAUGGGUGGGGCAGCAGUUGAGAACUCUUAAGUUUAAAAAA